GCUAAGGCCCGGCGCUGGUUCAUUCCUCGGUGCACGCUGGGCUGUGUAGCUUGGAACGACUUCUCUUACUGUCUCUGACUUACUGACCAAGUGUCUCUCCUCUCCUCCCUGAGGACUUAAGGGACCCGUCGCUGCCUCUAUCGCCUCUGAUCCCCCUCUCUUCUCUUCUCCUCUUGCAAGGUCCGUUGUUGGGACAACUGUCCAGUCAAGAUGGCAAGCACCUUCACACGCCUGCUGGCUGGCCGCAACACGGCUGUGAUGCUGGCCAGCCUCGGUGCCUCCACCCUGGCCGGUGGCUACCUCAUGUCCGACAACAGCCUCGUCGCUGAGGCCAGGACAAAGCUUUACCCUCCCAGUGCCGACUACCCAGACCUGCGCAAGCACAACAACUGCAUGGCACAUGCCUUGACUCCAGCCAUCUACGGCCGUCUGAGGGACAAGAAGACCCCGCAGGACUUCACCCUGGACCAGUGCAUUCAGACUGGGGUGGACAACCCCGGGCACCCCUUCAUUAAGACUGUGGGCAUGGUGGCAGGAGACGAGGAGUGCUAUGAGGUGUUUGCUGAGCUGUUUGAUCCAGUCAUCAAAGACAGGCACAAUGGCUAUGACCCACACACAAUGAAGCACCCCACUGAUCUUGAUGCUUCAAAGCUCACCUCUGGGAUGUUCGACGAGAAGUACGUCCUGUCGUCUCGCGUGCGUACGGGCCGCAGCAUCCGUGGCCUGAGCCUGCCCCCGGCCUGCACCCGCUCAGAGCGUCGGGAGGUGGAGCGCGUGACGGUCAUGGCCCUCUCCGGCCUCAAGGGAGACCUGGCCGGGCGCUACUACGGCCUCUCCGACAUGACUGACGACGAACAGCAGUCACUCAUCGAUGACCACUUCCUGUUUGACAAACCCGUGUCCCCACUCCUGACUUGCGCAGGGAUGGCUCGUGAUUGGCCAGAUGCCAGGGGAAUCUGGCACAACAACGAGAAGACCUUCCUGAUCUGGGUCAAUGAGGAGGACCACACUCGCGUCAUCUCCAUGGAGAAGGGAGGCAACAUGAAGAGAGUCUUCGAGAGAUUCUGCAGAGGCCUGAAGGAGGUGGAGAGGCUGAUCCAGGAGAGAGGCUGGGAGUUCAUGUGGAACGAGCGCCUGGGCUACAUCCUCACCUGCCCCUCCAACCUGGGAACUGGCCUGAGGGCCGGAGUGCACGUCAAACUGCCCAUCCUUAGCAAGGAUGCCCGCUUCCCCAAGAUCCUGGACAACCUGCGGCUACAGAAGAGAGGCACAGGCGGUGUGGACACCGCUGCCACCGGCGACACUUUCGACAUCUCCAACCUGGACCGUCUGGGCAAAUCUGAGGUGGAGCUUGUGCAGAUGGUCGUUGACGGGGUCAACUACCUGAUUGACUGCGAGAAGAAGCUGGAGAGAGGCCAGGACAUCAAGGUGCCCCCUCCUCUCGUCAUGUUCAAGAAAUAAGCGAACGAUAGACAGCAAGAGAUAAGCGAGAGAACGAGAGAGAGAGAGAGGCCCUAACCUCACCUCACCUCACUCCACCUGCAGCCUACAUACAUAAGCCCCCCUGAGGAUGCCCCGUCCUCCUUCCUUCCCCCCAUUCUCCACCACCACAAUACUGAAGGUCUUACUUGAACUCAAUAAACAAUCCUACUGGAAAAAAAACUU